CCAACCUUGCGCUUACCAAAUUGUGAUCCGCCCGAUUAUUGCAGUGCACCUCUCCUGAUAUUAACCACUUCGUUUCUUCUUUUAUUUGACUUUCGACAAUGAAGCAUUCGCUGCAAUACGUUUUGUGCGUUUCGUGUAUUCUAGUAUUCACUGCAGAUUUAAUUACCGCGUCGCAGUGGUCAGCUGAUACUCUAACGAAAAACUGUAAGAAUUCCGUGGAGGCAAAAAUAGAGAAUCAAAUUUUGCACAAAUCUGAUAACAGUACAUUCGGAUCGUCAAAAAUUGUGCAGUUUUGUGAACGCUCCGCGGACACCACCAAGUCACCAUGGCCGUCAAAAGCAAGUUACUCGAAUUGGAUUUCAGUCGUGCUGUCGAAAAAACUUUCGAACUUUCGGCCGAAAUCGAGGACCAACCCGCUAUGCAAUGAGCAUAGCUAUUUCUACGAGGAAAGUUUAAGGAAUUUAACGUUGUGGGCUGUACAAAUGAAAGAAGCAUCAGCAGCGACCACUGAAGGAAUGUUAGUAGGGCAAAGCUUUCAAACGGGUCAUUACGAUGAAUGCGUGAGCAUCCAAACUGAUUCCGUGGCCGGCCGUUACUGCCUUGCAAGACUCAAGUUCGCGCCAACCCCCCAAACGUACAUGAGCUUUUAUGACCGUCAGCUGGAAAGCAGAAUAGCUCCUCCUCAUUCCAAUGCUUGGGAUACCAUUAAAAAAAGCAAGGAUCCUAUACGACUUGACAGGGAUUCGAUUCAUUUUGGGCUGUGCGUACCGGCAGCAUGUUCGUGGAAAGAUGUUGAGGAGUCCCUCUCAGACGUUUUUGCCGAUGUCGAAAAAGAUCAUGGAAUCAUUCUCAACGUUUCAUUGACUGAGCGACUCUGUUCCUCUAGGAUCGAUGAAAAACAGCACAUGCCUUUCCUAGGAAAAUUAAUCAUAUAUGGUAUUGUGCUCUUGACUGUUUUAUGCGUCUGCGUGACAUGUUACCAUAUCGUUCUGAUAAAUAGCGGAUCACGAUGUGAGGAUAAUCAAAAAUUGAGCCUCAUUAACAUCCUAUCUAUUGUCAAUAAUAUGGGGAAGCUUAGUGAAGAUAAGGGAGAGGAAGACUUGAAUGUGCUGAAUGGAAUUAAAGUUCUGUCGAUGUUUUUCAUGGUCACCGCACACAGGGUUGGAAUGACGUUUGGUGGCAUGCUUUACAAUCCAACCUUCGCCGAAGAGGGUAUCGAGGGAAGAAAUAUCUUAUUGAUAAAGUCGACGGUUGUGGAUACUUACUUUGCUAUCUCUGGUUUCUUAGUUUUUACAUUCGGAUACAGUCAAUUUAAAGCUCAGGGUAUUAAAAUGAUACCAUUGGCAUUUAUCUACAGAUGGCUUAGAUUGAUGCCAGCGUACAUGGCAAUGCUUGCAUUCAUCAUACAUGCAUUACCUUAUUUAGAGGAGGGACCUGUGUGGCAGAGUGUUGCAGUGAAACAAAGUGAGAACUGUCGUCGUCAUUGGUGGACUAAUUUCCUUGGAAUAAACAAUAUUGUGGCAGCUGAUGAGAUGUGUUUGGUUCACUCGUGGUAUGUUUCGUGCGACUUGCAGCUCAUAAUAAUUGGCAGUGUACUCGUCUACGUUUUCUCAAAAAAUCACAUGAGUGGAUUGAUACUAGCAGUUGUGGCAUUAAUGGUCUCUAUAAUUGUACCAUUCCGGAAUGUGUAUGUUAACCGUUACGAGGGUAUCGUAAAACUAUAUCAAAGCUUCCUCGUCGAUCCUGUGAAAGAUACGGCGUUCCGAGAGUUUUAUAUACAAAGUUGGAACAGGGCAGGACCGUUUUUUGUCGGCAUCAUUGCAGGAUACAUAUUGAUGCAAAUUAAGAACGAAAAACUGAGACUCUCAAUGCCAAAACGGUGGUUUGCCCUCUGCAUUGCGGUCAUAGUAGGUUUUGGCGCACAAGUGCCCGGCUGGGCAUUUUACGAUAAUGACAGGACGUACAAUCCCCUAGAGCAUGCUCUGUAUGCGAGUCUCCAUCGAACUCUCUGGGCCAUUCUGAUUUGUGCUGUGAUAGUCAUUCAACUCGGUUGGGGUUUCGGUGAGGCUGUGGAACAGAUUUUGACGCACAAGUUCUACACGCCACUCAGCCGAUUGAUAUACCAGGUUUACUUGAUCCACGGAGUCUGGGAAUUAUUCCACCUCGCCAGUCUUCGCCAUCCUCUUUAUGUUUCGGUCCCGCAUUUCGCUACACUGGUGGCUGGUGACUUUCUCCUAUCUAAUUUACUGGGACUCUGGUUGUACCUCAUAAUUGAUCGGCCGGCAGGGAACUUGAGAAGUUAUUUAAUUGAACGGAUAUCUAGGCCCCGGGAAUCUAAGAAACAUGGUCUAAAAGUAUCCAAAAAAUGAUACGAUCAAGAUGGAACCUGGGACAAUGAUACCCAUGUUAAAAAUCUGGAUGCAGCGACAUGAUUUUCAAUUGAGAGGUUGGAAGAAAGUUUCAAAGUCAGCAUUGUGUUCUUAGAAAAAUUUUCAGCCUCUCUUAAUGGAAGUUACUUCCUUCUGCAUCGCGACAGAGUCAUGAGAAUCUGCAGUGUCAGAAGACAAGUAAUUGAUUUCAAUUUUGUCAGCCCAUCUAAAAAUUGUACUAUUUGUAUAAUUUUUCCUUCGGCUCCUCUUCCAGAAUUUUGUUUAUCGUUUUAUGCAUAGAAUUGAAGAAAACGUACAGACUUUCAGCUUUGCAUAAAAUUCUUAAGAUUUUCCGAUGUUUCUCAAAAAAUGUUUUCAGGAUAAUUUUUAGAAAUUUAACCUUGCGAAUCUUGAAUCAUCUAGGAGGUCUAAGAGAAAAAUGCUUUUGUACUCUGGAGAAUUCCUCAGAGGCUCUGCUUCUGCACAUUACUGAAAUAACUAUCUGAGAAUUUAGAAUGUCCAAAUUUGAAAAAAAGUACCGGAGUACCUGUGUGCGAAUCUAAAUGUAGACGACAAUUGUGAGUGAACAAGAUUUAAAAGAAGCUUUGCGCAAUAAAAACAUACCAAAGUGUUUGAUUAGUUGUACUCCUGGUAUUUUUCAUUGAUUUUCUCUCUCGUGGCCCAUGGGUUAGGAGGGUUAAAUGGAUAGGAGUGAGCAAAUUUGACGGAUAUUUUCAGGUAGGUAAGUAUUGUAUUAAGUAGUGAGGAUUGGCUUGACUGAACCCAACAGUGCACCUUUUACAGCACAUUGAGCUGUUGAAACUUGGAUUUCUUCAUUUCUUCAGCUUCCAAAAUAUAGAUAACCCUGUCCAGCAUCUCAAAUUGCUUAAACUCAAUAAAUGAGAAUUGUUAUUGGUC